AUGGGCCUGUACUACAGUUAUCCUCUUGGUUCCUGGAGGAACACAGGGCCUGUACUACCAGUUAUCCUCUUGUUCCUGGAGGAACACGGGGCCUGUUACUACAGUUAUCCUCUUGGUUCCUGGAGGAACAUAGGCCUGUACUACAGUUAUCCUCUUGGUUCUGGAGGAACAGGGGCCCUGCUACUACAGUUAUCCUCUUGGUUCCUGGAGGAACACCGGGCCUGUACUACCAGUUAUCCUCUUGGUUUCCCGGAGGAACACGCGGGCCUGUACUACAGUUAUCCUCUUGGUUCCUGGAGGAACACGGGGCCUGUACUACAGUUAUCCUCUUGGUUCUGGAGGAACACAGGGCCUGUACUACAGUUAUCCUCUUGGUUCUGGAGGAACACGGGGCCUACAUGUUAUAACCACUGUGUCUGUUACAGUGGUGAGCGCCCUGGUGGUGAGACGGAGAGAACAGCGUUUACAGGUCGUGACCCCAGUGACCUUUCUGUGACCUUGACCUCAGGUCGACCUGCCCUACUGAUCAGUAGCACCAGCUGGACUGAGGAUGAGGACUUCUCCAUUCUGCUGAAGGCUCUGGAAGACUACGAGGGGUUUGUGGAAGCAGGAGCCUCUCUUCCCUCGCUGGUCUGUGUCAUCACAGGUAACUAUAGUGUUGACAGUGUUCUGCUGCCUGUCUGUGAGGUCACAGGGGCUGCCUGUGUAAACACAGCGUUUGCAUCAAAUGCUGAUGUAAAAAGGGGCCUUAUGAAUAAAUGUGAUUUGAUUGAGAAGCCUCACAAACAAUUACAUUAUCAACUAACCUGUUGUUGCCAGAUUAAACCAACUGAGAAAAACCUUUACAAUURUUGUCGGUCCUAUGCUGUUAACCCUAGAUACGUAUUGUUUCAAUUCCCUGUGUGUGUGAGACCAGGUAAGGGUCCUCAGAAGGACCACUACAGGAAGCUGAUAGACACCCUGAGCUUUGAGCACGUGAAGAUCUGUACUCCAUGGCUGGAGGCGGAGGACUACCCUGUUCUGCUAGGCUCAGCAGAUCUGGGUGUUUGGUCCAUAAAGUCGUCGCAUAUUCUCUUCUGUAGUCUACAUGAGCUGGUGAAGCAUGAGGAGAACGGGUUGAUCUUCAAAGACUCUGAGGAACUUUCUGGACAGCUCAAGUCUCUGUUGUGGGACUUCCCUGGCUGUGAGGACGAGGGCAAACUGGGUCAGUUCAGGAGGAACCUCCGGGCCAGUGGGGGGCAGCGGUGGGACCAGAACUGGGACCAGAAUGUCCUGCCUCUCCUCACUGCACCCUGACUUCCCUGUUAGACAGACCUCUCUACAGCAGCUGACUCAUCCCCUCUCUACAUCUUCGCUUUGUCUCAAACCCCCUUCUUGAGCCUCCAAUCUUCAACAUUUUAACAGACACUCUUAUCCAGAACGACUUACAGGAGCAAUUAGGGUUAAGUGCCUUGUUCAAGGGCACAUCCACAGA